AGAAUGGAACUUGGAUAUCGAUAUUUUUUAAUUUGCCCUAGUAACAGAUCCGGUAGUUUAGUACAGUUUGCCUUAAAAAAAAUAACGCCAUCUGCCGGGAAAAUUGUUUUCCGAAAACGGUGGAGAGAAAUGGGUUUGAAAUAUUACUGAAAAAUAUCGACAUCGCCAAAUCACGAUAUAAAUAUUUUUCAAAAAUUAUCGAUAUAUUGAUACUUUUAUAUUUCGCAUCUCUAAAAGACGCCAAGCGGAUUGUUUUCCUUGCUUUUCCAAUCUGUCCUUAUUUUACAGAAGAGUUUUCGCGUUAUUUACUUUAGCCCGCAAUCGAGUUGGUUUUAAAUUGUCGCGAUGGCCGAGAAACUAGAGGCUCGCGAGGCUCUCUUGACCGAAAAGAAGGUCUGUCGCUUUUGUCUGACGGAGCAGAAGUUGGCCUCGAUUUUCGAGGAAAACCCGCGAGUAAAGACCACCGCCAAUCUUCCGCUGCAGAUCAUGGCUAUGACGGCGAUCGAGGUCUACGCCGGUGACGGAAUGCCUGGACUCAUCUGCUUGGAAUGUCGACUUCUUUUUGAGCACUGCUACCGCUUUAAGCAAAUGUGCAAGCGGGCUGAGACCCUCCUUCGGCAAUACCCCUUAACCGGGAACUGGCCCUCUCCGCUGGAGAAGCCCAGAGUUCCCAUGAUGACGGUGGCCCCCAAGAAGGUGGUGGUCAUACCCCGAGCAUCACCCGAUGCAACAGAAAGUCCCAAAAAGCUCCUUAACACCAUGGCCAAGUCGAACAAGGUGGUCAUCGAGAAUGUGCAAGUGUUGGAGACCACUUCGGUGCCCCAGAAGAACGUAGUAGUUACCUCUCCAGUGCAUCGCCGUUCGCAUGCCUACGAGUUGAAGGUUGAGAACAAUCAGGAGCUCUCAAUGGACGAUGUCCAGAACAUGCUAGAAGACAUGGCCAACGAACUAGAUAAGGAGUUCGUCGAAUCUGCUCCCAAGCCUUCACUCACAAAACCAAAGGUGUUAAACAAGUCGUCGAUUAGGAUCCUUAAUAAGGGACCCUCUGCUCCGGUGGAACCGCGUUUAGCGACUCCCAAAGUCAAGCGUGAUGACAGUGGAAACGUGGCUAUCGUGACAGAGGUGUUGGAUGCUGAAAUGCCAUUAGAUGAUAGUAGUGAUCCGACGAAGAAUGCCGAGAAGGUUGCCACUGACGUAUUUCCGUGUCCCGAUUGCGAACGCUCUUUCCCACUGCAACAGUUGCUCGAAAUCCAUCGCCUGAAUCACGCCCGCUCGCGUAGUUUCCAGUGUCCCCACUGCGAGAAGAGCUUCUUUUCAAAGUACGACCUCGCCAAGCACAAUUUUGUACACACCGGCGAGCGCCCAUUCAAGUGCGCCGUUUGCGGAAAGGCAUUUACCCGGAAUGCACUACUCCACCGCCACGAACGCACCCACACGGAUGUCCCAAAGUUCAUCUGCGUGUACUGCGAGAAACCCUUUCUUUCGCGCCAGGAAAUGGAGAAGCACGCCGAGAGGCAUAUGAAAAAGCGUCCAUUCCAGUGCAGCGUCUGCCCCAAGUCAUUUGCCUUCAAACAGGGAUUGGAGCGCCACGAGGUUGUCCACUCUACCAAUCUUCCCUUCCCCUGCCAGCACUGUGAGAGAACCUUUUCCACUGCAUCCAAGCUGGCUCGCCAUCUGGUUGCCCACGCCGGGAAAAGAGCCUAUCCCUGCAAGUACUGCCCUAAGUCGUACCUAUUAUCCCAUCAUCUCUCGCGGCACCUUCGCAUGCACACGCAGAUUUCGGACGCCUCGUUCGUGUGCAGCGAGUGUAAGAUUUCGUUCAGCACAUACAACAGUCUGUUGGACCACUCGACCACCCAUGCCGAAGCGACUCUUAAGUGCCCUCUGUGCCGGGAGCAGAUCGACGAUAUCGAUAGCGUCGAAGCCCAUAUGGAACAGCACAAGGAGAGCGAGCGUCACGCCUGCGAGUUUUGCGAUCACAUCUUCUUGACUCAAAACUGCCUUCAGAAUCACAUUGAGGAAGAGCAUGUGAUUGAUAUGGAGCCAUACCAAAACGACAUCGAAGGUGAGGAAAAGGAAGAACAUAUUGAGGAGGAAGAAGAGCUGGAUGACAUUAAGCAAGAGGAAUUCGUGGCUGAGUACUUGGAAGACGAUACUCUUGAUGAGGAUCACCUAGAUGAUAGCGACGACUCAUUUACGCCGCCGCCUGCAAAGCAGCGAAAAGUCAUAGCAUUAAAGGACACCCAGCAAUCUUCGCGUCAAACUCGUAGCAGGGACAUACCAAAGGCAGCAGUGAAGAAGGAUGUUAAGGUCCCUCCCAAACAAGAACGCUCCCUUAAAAAUCGUAGAUCCGCAAAAUAGGUACUCUAAAUAACAGAAUCAAAGAAUGUAUCCAUGUAUAUGCUUACACAUUAAACUGUUUAUGUAUUCCAAGGCA